GAGCGUCCGACUCCAGCCCUGAUCCCUGAUGAAGCAAUGGAGCGUCCGACUCCAGCCCCGAUCCCUGAUGAAGCAAAGGAGCGUCCGACUCCAGCCUCGAUCCCUGAUGAAGCAAAGGAGCGUCCGACUCCAGCCCCGAUCCCUGAUGAAGCAAAGGAGCGUCCGACUCCAGCCUCGAUCCCUGAUGAAGCAAAGGAGCGUCCGACUCCAGCCUCGAUCCCUGAUGAAGCAAAGGAGCGUCCGACUCCAGCCCCGAUCCCUGAUGAAGCAAAGGAGCGUCCGACUCCAGCCCCGAUCCCUGAUGAAGCAAAGGAGCGUCCGACUCCAGCCUCGAUCCCUGAUGAAGCAAAGGAGCGUCCGACUCCAGCCCCGAUCCCUGAUGAAGCAAAGGAGCGUCCGACUCCAGCCUCGAUCCCUGAUGAAGCAAAGGAGCGUCCGACUCCAGCCUCGAUCCCUGAUGAAGCAAAGGAGCGUCCGACUCCAGCCCCGAUCCCUGAUGAAGCAAAGGAGCGUCCGACUCCAGCCCAGAUCCCUGAUGAAGCAAAGGAGCGUCCGACUCCAGCCCCGAUCCCUGAUGAAGCAAAGGAGCGUCCGACUCCAGCCUCGAUCCCUGAUGAAGCAAAGGAGCGUCCGACUCCAGCCCCGAUCCCUGAUGAAGCAAAGGAGCGUCCGACUCCAGCCCCGAUCCCUGAUGAAGCAAAGGAGCGUCCGACUCCAGCCCCGAUCCCUGAUGAAGCAAAGGAGCGUCCGACUCCAGCACCGAUCCCUGAUGAAGCAAAGGAGCGUCCGACUCCAGCCUCGAUCCCAGAUGAAGCAAAGGAGCGUCCAACUCCAGCCCCGAUCCCUGAUGAAGCAAAGGAGCGUCCGACUCCAGCCUCGAUCCCAGAUGAAGCAAAGGAGCGUCCAACUCCAGCCCCGAUCCCUGAUGAAGCAAAGGAGCGUCCGACUCCAGCCCCGAUCCCUGAUGAAGCAAAGGAGCGUCCGACUCCAGCCCCGAUCCCUGAUGAAGCAAAGGAGCGUCCGACUCCAGCACCGAUCCCUGAUGAAGCAAAGGAGCGUCCGACUCCAGCCUCGAUCCCAGAUGAAGCAAAGGAGCGUCCGACUCCAGCACCGAUCCCUGAUGAAGCAAAGGAGCGUCCGACUCCAGCCUCGAUCCCAGAUGAAGCAAAGGAGCGUCCAACUCCAGCCCCGAUCCCUGAUGAAGCAAAGGAGCGUCCGACUCCAGCCCCGAUCCCUGAUGAAGCAAAGGAGCGUCCGACUCCAGCCCCGAUCCCUGAUGAAGCAAAGGAGCGUCCGACUCCAGCCUCGAUCCCUGAUGAAGCAAAGGUGCGUCCGACUCCAGCCCAGGAUGGCACCUCGCCUCCACGUCCGUUCAUCACGGAUAGCGAGCAUGUGACUCCGACUGAGACUGGGAUUACCGUCAGGUGGGUGGAGGUGAGCGGCUUCCCACGGAAAAACACCGAGAAGAUCCUGAAGUCAUUCCACUCCGUGGGCACAA